AUGGCGUCGUCGGGCGCGGGCGUCCCCGCGGCGUAUCGCACCGGUGACGCCGAGAAGCCCGCCCCACCCGAGGGCUUCGGCGUCGUCAUCACCGGCGCCACGAAAGGAGUCGGGUACGCGCUCGCCAGGGAGUUUCUCGCGCGCGGCGACAGGGUGUGCAUCUGCGGCCGAUCCGCGACCCGCGUCGACGCCGCGGUGGCGGCGCUGCGCGCGGAGUUCCCCGGCGCGUGCGUCGCGGGCGCGCGAUGCGACGUCACGGACCCGCGCGACGUCGACGCCUUCGGCGACUACGCCGCGUCCACGAUCGGCGUCGUGCACCACUGGCUCAACAACGCCGGGAUGGUGUCGUCGCGGGAGCCGCUGUUCGACGUCGAGCCCGCGGAGGUGGUGCGGGUGUGCAACACGAACCUGACGGGCGCCAUCCUGUGCUGCCAGAAGGCGGUCCGGCUGAUGCGGCGCCAGGACGAGGGUUCAGCGGGAGGGUCUCGCCGCGCGCGGGAAUCUAACGGAUCUAACUCUCCGCAGCGAUACCACGUGUACAACUUCGGGUUCAGCCAGUGGGGCGCCUCUUUCAGCAAGUCCACGUGCACGCACAAGGCGACCAAAAGGGGUUUAUCCCAGCUGACGGCAUCGCUCAGCGAGGAGCUCCUCGAGGCGGGCGUGGACUCCGUCGGCGUCCAUCAGCUGUCGCCCGGCAUGGUGCUCACCGACUUGCUCCUCGAGGGCGCGUCGCCGGUGGCCAGAAGGUUCUUCAACGUCCUCGCCGAGGAACCGGAGGUGGUGGCGGCGGACCUGUGCCCGAAGAUUCGCGAAACGGUCGGGACGCGAACCGCGAUCGAGUUUCUGACGCUCCCGGACGCGUUGGCCCGGGUGAUGUUCGGGGUGCCGCAGAUUGUCGGCGGGGGGCGUUUCUUCGACGGCGAUGGGCGUCGGGUCGUGUCGGCGAACGCGGUGGGGUACAAGGAGAACGGCACACGCCUGCUGUACGAGGGCAUGGAGUGA